UUAGCGUUCUGUUGUCAAGUUUGAAAGGAAUUUUGCUGAUAAAAAUGGUAGAUAAAUGAAAAUAUAGAUUGAAUUUUACCCAGUAAAUUGUGAUAAUCAACAUCUCUAUGUACCAGGUUAAUGAAAUAAGAAUGGCUGGUACUAGUUUCAUGGCUGCAUCAGGGGGAGGGGGAAUGGGAACCUCCCUAUCUAGUCAACUACCUCGACUUACUCAAGAAACUGAAUUACAAAAAAUGCUUUCAGAUGAAAGAAUGAGGAGCGAACAACACAAAACAAAUUAUCAACAAUUAAAAUCUGAACACUCGAGAUUACAAGAUGAAUAUAUGCAUUUACAAAAUGAAGUCAGAACUACGAUUGAGGAGAGUCGAAUUGUUCAGGAAAAAUAUAAAACAAUGUAUGAUCAGACCAGACAGGAAUUGGCAGAAAGGAUGGCUGAAAUUGAGGAUCUAAAAACAAAGGUGAUAUCUCCACAAAGACUAGAAAUUUUAAAAAUGCAGGUGAUUGAGGAUUUAGAGGUCACAUACCGAGAAAAAUACCAACACCAGGAACAAGAAAUAGAUGAACAUCGGACCAGUCAAAAUAAAUUACGAUAUGAACUUUCCUUUGUCAAAUCAGAAUAUGAACAUGAAAAAUUAGAGCAUCAAAGAAUACUGGCAGAGAUUAAACUACAGUGUGAAGCAGAGGUGACUAAUUUACGGAAGGAGAGAGACAGCACAAUAAAUCGAGUUCAAACGGAAUGUUCCCAGGAUUCACAGAAAGUUCGUGUCUUACAGCGAGAGAAUGCACAAUUACAUUUAAAAUUAAAAGGAUUAUUGUCGGAACUUGAAGAAAUAAGAUCUGAGAGGGAGAAACUUGGUUUAGAUUCAGACAGUGUUUCUAGAAUACAGUCUAAGCAGUUAUCAGAAAAUGUUGGUGUUAUUAAAGCUCUGGAGGCCGAAAGAGAAUCUUUAAAAAGACAAAGUGAAUCUUUACUGCGCGAAAUUUCUCAGUCAAGCGAUGAACAUAAUAAGUUAACAAGUAGAAUACACGACUUGGAGAAAGAAAAUAUGGUGCUAAGUAACAGGGCUGAUGAAGUCAGCCAUAAAUCAAAAGUAGAUUUAACAAAUCUUAAAAUGGAGAUGUUAAAACAGAGAGGUGAAUUGGAACGAGAAAGGGAUAGAUUAUCUAAUUUAGUAGAAGAUCUCCAAACGCAGAUAGAGAUAAAUGAACAUAAAAUACGUUCACAAGCUCAAACGUUAGAAGAGAAAGAACGGGAAGCAGUGAGAAGAGUUCAAGCAGCGAGAGAAGAAGAAUUUCACAAAAUGGCCACCAUUGAAUCGGAAAAAAUGGAAUUGGAAGCCAAACUACAGGAAGUUGAAAGACAGAAGAUAGAUCAAGAAUCAUAUCGACAUGCUGAUCAACAGAAAGUUGAAGAUCGUGUUAGAGCUAUCAGUAAUGAAAGAGAGGCAGCAGAAAAAGAAUUAUUAGUUUACAAGUAA